AUGGUGCGUCAGCUGCACGACGGUAUGAUGGCGCGAGUCACGGACAACGGAGCUGUCUCAGAGGCAAUUGCAGUGACUAACGGAGUGAAGCAGGGAUGCGUGCGGGCACCAACCCUCUUCAGUCUUAUGUUCUCUGCCAUGUUGAUGGACGCCUACCGCGACGAACGCCCCGGGAUCCGCAUCGCCUACAGAACGGACGGUCAUCUCCUGAAUCACCGGCGCAUGAACUUCCAAUCGCGCGUAUCCACAACCACUGUGCACGAACUCCUCUUCGCCGACGACUGCGCCCUGAACACCACCUCCAAAGCGGAGAUGCAACGCAGCAUGGACCUAUUCGCCGCCGCCUGCGAGAACUUUGGGCUGGUUAUCAACACGCAGAAGACGGUGGUGAUGCACUAA